AUGGAAGCGAUAAGACCAAGAUUCGAAGCUAACCAAAAGGAAACAGCCUAUGCUAAUGAGGAUCGAGUAGAUUCACGAAGUGCUUCAUUGCCAAUCAACUUGCCACGCCCUGACUCACCAGAAUACGAUGAAAUCUCCGACACAGAGAUCGACCAAUUUGUCUCGAAACCGCUAGAUGAUGACGCUGUCCGCGAGAUGAACUUCAAGUUCGGCGUUUUGAAAGCAAUUCUAGAGGUCAAUGUUCGGCAAUGCGAGAAUGAGAUCAUUCGUCGUACGGAGGACCCGAGAUGGACGGGCGCGCAAAGGCUCAAGCGAAAAGUGUUGCACAGACGUCAAACGAAGCCCACUAAGAAGAAAAUUUGUGCGCAAAGGGUCGGAGAUGUGUUCAACGAGUUGUUGGCUGAGGAGUUUCGAAAUGUGCUCGCGUGUGGCCCAUUGAGCAUUUCAAAAAUCUCGGCACUCAUCGAAUACUCGAAAAGUAAACGCGACUUUUUCUCGAAGACUCUUUGCAAGUAUGACAAAUAUGGGGAAUUGCCUGGACUGCUCGAGAAAGUGCUCGUCAACAACUGGAUCUGUUUCUUUUACGAUAUGCCACACAAAGGCUUUGGCGAGAGGGACACGGUAAACGAGUACGAGCGAGUACGCAGAGAUCUUCCGUUAAAUGUUCCGCAUGGGACCCACCUCACUUUACUUUGCGAUAUAAAAGAGUGGUUCAUCGAAAUGAAAAAUAAGCGAGAACGGGAAGAACGGGAGCGAAGAGAAAAUGAGGAGAAACAACGACAAGCCGAGAUAUUGAAGAGGCUGGAAGUUGGGAACCCAUCGAGGAAAAGAUUCUCUUUCCCGAAUUUUCCAACCAUCUGCAAUUCAGUUACCUCACUUGGAACGACCUCACAGUAUCAAGAGCGUCCACAAGCCAUACACCGUCACCAACCAGGACAGGAAACAUUGUUGAUGAUUGAAGAAGAAAUCAUUGAUGACCAGCCAAAGAAAGCUAUGGAAAUUGAGCAAGAUGCGGAAAGAGACGAGUUGUGGAAUAAAAUUCCAACUCUUGGAGAAGUUUCAACGAGUAGAGACGCAUCUCUUGGUCCUUCAACUGUGGUUAUGAGUGCCUCAUUGCCAAUCAACUUUCCACGCCCCGACUCACCAGAAUACGAUGAAAUCUCCGACACAGAGAUCGACCAAUAUGUCUCGAAACCCCUAGAAGAAGACGCUGUCCGCGAGAUGGACUUCAAGUUCGGCGUUUUGAAAGCAAUUCUAGAGGUCAAUGUUCGGCAAUGCGAGAAUGAGCUCAUUCGUCGUACGGAGAACCCGAAAUGGACGGACGCGCAAAAGCUCAAGCGAAAAGUGUUGCACAGACGGAAAUCAAAUUCGACAAAGAAGAAAAUCUGUGCGGAAAAGGUCGGAGACGUGUUCGACGAGUUGUUGGCUGGGCUAACCCAUCUGGAA